AUGCAGGCGAUAGUCCCCUUCGUUAUUUCUUGUAUCUUCUUCUUUUUGCUUCUUAACCUGUUCAACUUCUUUUCCUUUGAUCUGAUCACGCCUAUCGCACAACACAGCGAGAAAACAGGGAAACGAAAAGGCAAUCGCGUCCAGUUCGUCUUUCACCUCUCGAGGCAGUGCAUCAUCAAGAACAACAAGGAUCGUCUACGCAUCACAUCGCCUACACACACUUACGGAGAUACGAUGCCCAGCGACGCAGUGGUGAUGGAUAAGAUUAUUGAGGGCGAUGGCAAGACGAUUCCUCGCCCUGGAAGUGUUGUGACUCUAGACUAUAUUGGCUAUCUGGAGGACGGAAGUAAGUUUGACUCGACGCUGGAGCGCGGGAAGCCUUUCGUGUUUCGCGUCGGGUGCGGUGAGGUAAUCAAGGGCUGGGAUGCGGGUAUUGUCCAGAUGUCCAAGGGAGAGCGUAGCAAGCUGACGAUGCCAGCGUCUCUUGCCUACGGCGGCACAGGAUUUCCGGGGCUGAUCCCCCCCAACGCGACAAUUGUGUUCGAGGUAACGCUGCUCGACGUAGCGUAG